AUUUCGGUCGGGUCUGGACCCAUACACGAGACUUUAUCAAAGGACGAGGACGUGGAGCAGGCAUUUACUAACUUGAUAUCUUCUGCAUUUCUCUUCGAUAAGGGGCCUUCAUCAUUACUUAUCUCAUACUUUUAUUCGCCUCUAUCGACCUAGUAUUGUUCAACAAUUCGUGAUGUAUGUAUGCUCAUGAUAGCUGUUCUUAAUACAACCGCUAAACAUGCAUACGAGCAGUGUUUCGAAAAGGGUGGUGGUUCCUACUCCAUCCGUUCCUAAAUAUAAGACCUUUUAGAGAUUUCAAUAUGGACUGCAUACGGAGCAAAAUGAGUGAAUCUACACUCUAAAAUAUGUCUAUAUACAUUCAUACGUAGUCUGUAUUGAAAUCUCUAAAAGGGCUUACAUUUAAAAACGGAGGGAGUAAUAUGCAUGUCGUAGUCAGACCGUUAGCUUAUGUUUGACAUGAUCCAUAAUCUGCUGUUUGCAAUGUUUUAGGUACUAUUCUAGUAAUUAACUAGUAAAUUGGAUUAACAUGAUAGAAAUUCAAUAGGAUACUUAAAGAAUCUAAUACUGACCUAACCCUAAUUACUGAAAAGUACUUCCUCUGUAUUUUGAACUGUAAAAACGUCUUAUAUUUAAUUACUGAAAAGUAAACGACAAUAUUCUUCUCUGCCUUAUUGAGAGGGAUCGACCCUUUAUAUAGCAGGCAAGACUUGACCAACAAGUCGGUAAAUCUAUCCAAACUUUAAUACUAUCUCUAAACUAACUGUACUCUUUGCUAACAAAGAUGCUUAAUUAAGGGAUAAGACUCCACAUUUGAUAGGUUGGUCCAAACAACAUCUCUCCCUUCCUUGGGAAACAUGUUGUUUACUGUAGGCUAUGAUCCAACUGAUCAAACAAACGAGAUAGAAGAUCAAUCCGCUUGUAAAAAACCCACUUUCCCCUUCCUCCCAGGCCGCUCGCGCGGGCGGCUCUGGAGGCCAAAUCCCUAGCCCCGCAAGCCCCCUCCUCGUGCUCCCCCAGCCGCCGCCGCUGAAGGCGACGAGCAGGGUUGGUGCGCCCUGGCGGGCUCCCCUCGCGAGGGUGGGACGCCAAGCGGGCAGCGCGGGAGGAGGUUCUGGUGUGGCGGCGCAUGGCAGGGGGCGAAGCGGAGUGGCGGAGCUCGGCAGGGGAGUAGCAGCGGAGGCCUUGGCUCAUGGGUUUGGGCUCCGAGCGGCACCAGGAAGGGUCUUGGAGGCGGCGACGCGGCUGGGUCAUGGUGGCGCAGGCGAGGGUACUCGAGGUGGUCACGGCGCCGCGAGCCCGCCCAAGAGAUGCUGCUUCGGCAGCGGUCGGGUGUAGCAGCAGCGUCGAGCGCCCUCGAUUGGCGCCGGAGUUGGGAGAUGGCGGUGAUUGCGUGUGAUUCAGGUCUGGCUGAUCCGGGUCCUUGGGCCAUCUGUUGCGUGCCCGCCUGCCUGGAUUGGUGUGGCUGGUGGCUGCGUGCGGUGCAGGCUGCCCUUGGCGUGCUGCCAUCGCACCAAAGCUGCGAUCUUUUCUUGGCCGAGCGGGAGAUGGAGGUCGGGUUGCUUGCCCUUGGCCGUGCAGGGUCGGUGUGCUGCAACGUCUGGCCACGAUGGCUGAGGUGACGUGGCGGCGGCGGAGUGACCCAUCGCAGAUCUGUGUGCCUCAAUCCGGUGGGGAGGGUUGGAGAUGUGUGACACGGAUGAAAAUCUUGCCAAUCUUCGGACGGUGUUGGUGGCGACGGCGCGUGCGGGUGUCGGUCCCCUCCUUGGAGGCGUCGCUAAGGAAGCACUUGAAAGUCCAAACCUUUUUGAAGGACUGGAUACUCACUCAUCACAGAAACCUGAGGCCUCACAACAUCACAGAGAAGAGAGAGAAAAGAUAUCUGAGAGAAGGAAGCAGGGGAAGAUCAAUAAUAUAAAGAAGAAGGCUGACACACAAAAGCACAUGAACGGCAAUAAAGCCGACAAAGUGGGGAAACUACGAGAUUUGGAAAAUUUUAUCCCUGGGCAUGGCAUUUUAAAGUGCACAAAGCACACAUCAGUGAAAAUGGUCAAGGAGAAACAUGGCAAUUCAGAAGGCAAGGAAAUAAUAGAACUCUGCCGCAAAUCAGUGAAACGUGUCAAAUUCUCAGAAGCAGAUGCUAUACUUGAGCUACCAGAACAACAAAGUCUCUGCAAGAUGUUUUCAGAUGCUAUGGCUUCUUCAUCGUCGUCCUCGUCAUCAUCAUCGUCAUUCACGCCUACCGAAUCAGACAAAUGCAUAACUGCAGAAAGUGGUAGUUCUCAUAUUCCCAAGGAAGCUUUCAGUAAAGCCAAAGAAGCAAAUAAGAAUUCAGAUCAUGAGGAUUCUCCUGACAAAUGCAUAACUGCAGAAAGUGGUAUUUCUCAUAUUCCCAUGGAAGCUUUCACUAAGUCGAAAGAAGCAAAUAAGAAUUCAGAUCAUGAGGAUUCUCCUGAGCCUGGUAACAGAGAGAUGUUCGCUCCUUUGAUUGAUCUGAAUAUGGCGUUACCGGAAUCUACUGAAUUGGACCAAAGGUAUGAUUCAUAUUCAGAGGUGCCAAAUCUGGAGCAUACACAUGAGGGAACUUUAAGUUCUGAUGUCCAAUUGCUUGAUGGGAGAGAAAACCGGAUGAAUUUUAAUGUUGUUUCACAGAGACUGGAAAGCGAACAAUCUACUGCUGACUUGGAACGAACAACAAAUUCAAGUUCGGCAGGCACAUUUUUGCAUGGUGAGGCGAUAAAAGUUUCUGAUGUAGAUGCUGCUGGUCCUCCAUUGAGCUUAACUGAACUUGCUGAGACUCGUCGUGGUUGCAGUAAUGUUUCAGUAAAAGACACUAUGACUAUGAGUACGUCUCCUUUUGCAUUGCCAGAUCAUACAUUUCAGGAUUCAUUUCGGCAGCACCAGAGUUGGUUUUCCACCAGCAGCAAAUUUUCUUCCUGCCCAUCUCAUGAAUCUAAUGUGUCGCACAGUAAGGAGUUCAAUUUUCGUUCUGAGUUGAACAUGCCGCAUGAGAAUGGACCAUUGACAGGACAGACAGUUCGUUUGAUGGGUAAAGAUCUUCCAGUUUGCAUGACCAGAGCUGAAUUGUUUUCGGAGACUGCGCAGAGGCAUACAGGCACUUUCACCAAUGACUAUCUCAACGCAAAUGUGUUCUUGCCACAACCAGGACGGCCUUUUCUCUCUUUACAAGCUCAGAAUUUCCCCAAUGAUACAGUAAAUUCCACCAGUAUAAUUAAUGCUUCAACAUAUCAUGCAAGCGCAAGUCAGGCACGGUCUACACAUGAUUACAGCCACCCUUUCCCUGCAGCUAAUGUACUGUCUGGAGAUCAGUUGCCAUAUGAAAACAGGUUUGUUGAUUUUUCAAACUCGCAGACCAAUCGGCCUUUUCUAUUGGGCUGCCCACCUCCUCCCAAUCAUGGCAGUGCAGCAUUCCAACAGAAUUCCCCGUCGCGCCGUUAUUACUCUGAUCCUAUCACUAGAACAGAACCACCCACAGCACCACCUUUGCCUACAACCAGACAGCAUGGCACACCAUCUUCAGGUUUCCAUGCCAAUUUGCCUCAGCAACAUGUUGUGCAUUCAGCAAGCUCAUCAGUGGGUUUUACAUUCAACCAUCCAGGCCAUGUAGUUCAAGCACCUUCCAACAGCAUAAGAGAUGUGGCCCUUUCGGCCAGAAAUACAGACAACAGAAUGGGGAGCGCUGUUCUUGGCAAUUCCAAUGCUUCGCCUAGUGGUCGCUGUGUGCAGAAGAGAUCAGGCCCAGUGAAGCUCACUCCUGGGGCGAAGCAUGUACUGGUGCCAAGUGAUAGCACAGGUGAUGGCGAUUCCGCGCCUGUGUACUCAUGUGUUUCGUUCGCAAGUAGGAGUACAAAUGCUGCAUGUCCUCAGAACAGAGCAUGAUACCCUUUGUUGAACUUUUGCUUGGCUGCAGUUCCAUGAAUCUAUAAAACAUCGGGGCUGUUCUUAUUUAAUUUCAUUCAUUUAGUUGGAUCCUUUUGAAAAUGUUUGUUACAUUUUUUUCUGCUUGUGAUAGUUGUGAUAUUUCAAAUGAUUUGCUUCCUUCGUUAGUAAUUAUUUCCUCAGCUGAACCUGAAUCCUUGGCUGGUGUAGCCUUAGACAUGUACUAUUUUAUAUUUCUGUAUUGUUACUUUUGGUCUGGAAGCUAAAUAGAAAAUGUUACCUACAUUUUGUA